AUGAAAUGGACAAACCUGUUGCUGGCCGCUCAAUUGGCAGCAGCAUCUCCCUUCGAGUCUCGCGACAGCUCUGUGACUCGCAGCGCCGAAGUUAGCUAUGAUGGCUACCACGUUUACUCGGUCACUCCAUCUUCUGCUGAAGAGGCUCGUGAUAUCGAAAAGCGUUUUUCCAAGUACCACACCCAUCCUAUCCGCGGCACCCUUUCCAUUGCUAUUCCACCCGAAGAGGUGGACUCCUUCAACGCCCUAGGACUGAGAGCGCACCUCAUCAACUCCGAUCUAGGUAAAUACAUACGCUCCACCGACAAGGAAGCGAUAUACAAACGAGGCUUGCACAAGCGUGGGGAGCUACCAGAUCUCUCUUGGUUCGACACCUAUCAUCCAUAUGCCGACCAUCUUCAGUACUGGGACGAUCUUGUCGAGGCAUUUCCCGAGAAUUCGAAAAAAUUUCCGAUCGGACAGAGCUACGAAAACCGGACUAUUUGGGCCUUCUAUCUUCAUGGAGACAAGAAGGAAGGAUAUGAAACGGAGAAGCCAGUCAUUCUCUGGCAUGCGACAGUACACGCAAGAGAAUGGAUAUCAACCAUGGUAAUUGAGUACCUGGCCUACCAAUUAAUCGACGGUUACAAGAAAGGCGACGCCAAUGUGACUGCCUUCCUGGACUAUUACGAUUUCUACCUCGUGCCCUUCCACAAUCCCGAUGGCUUCUUGUACUCACAAACUGAUGAUCGACUCUGGCGCAAGAAUCGUCAGCCGCGCCCGAACAUCAACACCACCUGCCUCGGUACUGAUGGUAACCGCAACUGGAAGUAUGAGUGGGAUGCGGAGCCGCCAGGGGGUGGGUCUACACCUGAUCCUUGCGGACAGACAUACCGCGGAGAAGCACCAGGCGACACGCCCGAGAACCAAGCCAUGGAUGGUCUUUCGGGUAAUGUGUCGCAAAUUGGCGCUGGAAUUCGUUCUUUCAUCGACUUCCAUUCGUACAGUCAGCUCAUCUUAACUCCGUAUGGUUUCUCGUGCGACCCGCUACCAGAAACUCUUCCUCGCAUGCUUGAAGUUGCUGGCGGCACAGCGAACGCUAUCAUGGCUGCUAGUACAAAGAACAGCACGUACGAGUUUGGCCCUGGCUGUCAGAUCCUCUACUUCUCGACGGGUAACUCGAGAGACCAUCACUACGCUGUACACGGCGCGAAACAUUCUUGGACGAUAGAGCUGAGUCCUCAGGAUGAGGCUGGUGGUGGGUUUGUACUACCGCCUGAUCAGAUCUGGCCGGUUGUGAAGGAGCAAUGGGCAGGCCAGAAGUGGCUAUUGAACAAUGUAAGAGACGACUAG